AGAGAGAGAGAGAGAGAGAGAGAGAGAGAGAGAGAGAGAGAGAGAGAACGACAUACUGAAUGUAACAUCUACAUCUCAUGCUCUUUUUCUCUCCAACAGGAGCAAGGCCACCUAUACCCUGGCGCCGUUCUGGCGUGGGAGCAUCGAGCAGCCGCCGCCGUGCCGCGUGACGAGGGAUAGCCACCUUGGUAAUACAACACCCAGGAAUAGGAUUCGUCGGCCUAAGGAGUGAUGCAAACUAGUCCCAUGUUCUCCUGAGGCCGAUAGCCAGCCUACAGUGACUCAGUGAUGGCCAUCCCGGAGGAGCGGUGUGGGGACGAGGUGGGGGGCUCCUGUGGUCUCUCCAUGGAGGGUGUGGCGGUGGUAAAUUUCACAUUAGGUUCAGCGUCUCCCCCAGUCAGCACAGAGCCGCCAUAUUACCCUAUACACGAGCGGCCGGAAACCUACAUCGUGCCCAUCGUGUUCCUGUUCAUCUUCGUGGUGGGCGCGGUGGGCAACGGCACCCUGGUGUUCCUUUUCUGCCGUUAUCCCAACAUGCGCAACGUGCCCAACAUGUACAUUCUUUCCCUGGCACUCGGCGACCUGCUCGUCGUGGUGUUUGCCGUACCCUUCGUCUCCAUCAUAUACAUCACUGACACGUGGCCGUACGGGGAGCCCAUCUGCCGCCUCUCAGAGUUCAUGCGGGACGUGUCCAUCGGGGUUACAGUCUUCACACUCACGGCACUCUCUGCUGACCGAUACCUGGCCAUCGUGGACCCAGUGGGCCGCCGCGCGGGGGCCGUGGCUCGCCGCAGCACCGUGUUGGUUACCGCCGUCAUAUGGGGCCUCUCCCUCCUAUUGGCUGCUCCCGCCGCCCUCUUCUCCCACUUGGCGGAGGAACAGACAGGUCGAGGCACCAUCGUUAUCUGCUACCCAUUCCACCCAUGGCUGGGUGAGUCCUAUCCACGCUUCAACGUGAUAGCCAAGCUGAUAGUCUACUACCUGUUGCCACUGUUCAUUAUUUCCACGUUUUACCUUCUGAUGGCUUGCCAUCUCAUGCGGGCGUCGGGUGCCUUGCCAGGAGAAGCCGCCCAACAGCAGCAACAACAGCAGCGGGCACGCCACGUGGCGGCACGGCGCAAGGUUGCCCGCUUGGUGCUCGCCUUCGUGGUGAUUUUUGCGGUGUGUUACUUCCCCAACCACGUUUUCAUGGUGUGGUUCUAUUUCAAUCCCAACGUGGAGCAUGACUAUAACCACUUCUGGAACACCUUCCGCUGGAUCGGCUUUUGCCUGGGCUUCUUCAACUCCUGCGUCAACCCGAUUGCUCUCUACUGCAUCUCGGGUGCGUUCAGGAAGAGCUUCAACAAACACCUCUUCUGCUGCCUGUGUCCGGAGGAGGCGCGCGGGCGGACCUGGACCACCCUGCGCCUGCGCUCCUCCGACCACAACUUCCACUCCACCCUCAGGAAGACAGACCACUACGACAUGUCGGCUCUGAACGACAAGACGGCGGUGUGAUGUUAUGGAGAUGGAGGAGGAGGAGGAGGAGCAGGAGGAGGUGGUGGUGGUGGUGGUAGUGGUUUUAUUUAUUUUCUUGCUUUACAGUGCCA